UCGCGCGUCACUGCAGCCUCCCUCCGCGCGCCGCCCGCUUCCAUCGGCUUCUGCGUGGGCGAAGAACAGGCGAGUGCUCCCACCAAUCCCUUUCUCUCUCCCCUCCUCUUGUUUCUUCAGGCGCCUCAUCCCGUUCCUUCUUGGAGGACAAGGAUUCGAACAAUUCGAUCAUCAUUCCUCGUCCAAGCGAAGACCGUACCGGCUGUUUCUUCUUCUUCUUCUUCUCCUUCCUCCUCCCGCUUUCUUCUUCUUCUCGCGGGGGCGGAAGUCAGAUCAUGCAUGAGAAGAAGAUCAUCGAUAUAUCCUGUCCGCGUGUCGUUUCUUCUUUCAGGAAAACACUUCUCCGGCGAUUCGGCCGCGGGUGGGAUCGUGAUCGGAAAUCGAAUACCCGAAGGAUUUGAUUCGUGCGCUAGCGCUACAAUGAAGUUGGUCCAUUCAGCAUUGAUCCAUUCGCUUCUUUCUUCUUUGGUGACACGCUGACGCAAUUGCGCGGGUUCAUGAUUUCAUCGAUGUGCUGGGUUAUUAAUAAUCCCCAAACAAUUCUGGUCUACUAGUGCUAAGAUUAUAUUUUGGUCCGCUCUCAAUCAAUGUGCACUCUUAAUUUCUCUUCACUUAUAGCGUCAAAAUUUUGCCUUCAAUUAUUGCAAUUCUUACCAUAAGCGUUCACGUUUUCCCUUUUCUUCCCAUAUAAGCGUACUACCUCAAACUUGCAAUCUUCAGAUGAUUAUUGCCCUCCAAGAUCUCAUUGCUCCGCAAGCGUUUCAGGCCAGCGAGCUUCUCCAAGAAAUCAAAUCCUCGCCUCACACCCGAACGGCCGGCGAGCCUGCCUGGUGGCAUCGUCGCGCGAAGGGACGAUGAAGCACACGACGUCGGACUCGGACGUGACGAGCCUGGCGACCACGUCGCCGUCGCGGUCCCCGAAGCGGGCGGCGUACUACGUGGUCAGCCCGUCGCGCGACUCGCGGGACGACGGCGACAAGUCGUCGUCCACGCAGGCCACGCCCGUGUACAACAGCCCCCUCGACUCCCCGUCGCACCACUCCUCCAUUGGCCCGCACUCCAGGGCCUCCUCCGCCAGCCGCUUCUCCGGGAACCUCACCGGCGGCGGCAGGGCCGCCGCCAACCGGAAGCGCCCCCACGGCCACGGCAAGGGGUGGCACGAGGUGGACGUGAUUGACGAGGAGGACGCCGAGGACGCCGGCGUGGAGCAGGAGCGGGAGCUCUCCAGGAGCUGCGUCGCCGCCUUCUGGUUCUCGGUUCUGGUCCUGGCCUUCACCCUCGUCUGCCUCGUCGUCUGGGGCGCCGCCCGCCGUGACAAACCCAGCGUCCUCGUCAAGAGCUUGAGAGUGGAGAAUUUCUACGCCGGCGAAGGGACGGACGGCACCGGAGUGCCGACCAAGUUCGUCACAAUGAACUGCUCGCUGGAGAUAGACGUCCACAACCCCUCCACCAUGUCCGGCAUCCAUGUUUCUUCCACCUCCAUCCAGCUCUACUAUUCACAGAUACCCAUCGCCAGCGGUCAGUUGGAGAAGUUCUACCAGCCGAAGAAGAGCCGGCACGUCGCAUCGGUGACCCUGCACGGCGAGAAGACGCCGCUCUACGGAGCCGGGGCUACCUUUGUCCUCACCAACACCGACGGCGUGCCGCUCACCGUGGACUUGGCGGUGAGGACGAGAGGGUAUGUCAUCGGCAGGCUUGUCAGGGUGACACACGCCAAGCGUGUGCGAUGCCCGGUUCUUGUGAGCUCUCUUACCGACAAGCCCAUCAUGAUCGCCCAGACUGCUUGCAGCUACUCUUGAUUUGGUGAUCAAUUGCUUGAGAUGUUAUUAGUUUAAAUAAGUAAGUACUAUAAUGGUUGUGAUCGUGUAGAUAUUGUUGUGAUGUUCAUGACAUAGGAACCAUCUGAUUAAUAAUUCUUCAGCAUCAGUGUUUGAUUGA